AUGACUUAUGAGGAGGGUUCAUUUGAGGACGGGGGUAUUUUCUAUGGCUUUGAUAACUACUCAGAUUUUCUGGAGAGUUCUAACAGUAGCAGUGAUACUGAGUACACCUGUACUGAUGGAGCAGGUCUCCAGCUGUUUCAUACUGUGUUCCAACCCCUGGUCUACAGCCUGGUGUUCUUCCUGGGGCUGACAGGUAACGGGCUGAUGUUAACGGUGCUGCUGAAACGCCGUGGCCUCCUGAGGAUCACAGAGAUCUAUCUGUUACACCUGGGCCUGGCUGAUCUGAUGCUGCUAGCCACCUUCCCCUUCGCACUGGCACAGGUGUCCUUGGGGGUGGUGCUCGGAGACGUCCUGUGUAAGCUGAUUGGGCUGUUGAACCGACUCAACUUCCUUUGUGGGAGUCUCCUCCUGGCAUGUAUCGGCUUCGACCGUUACCUGGCCAUCGUGCAUGCCAUCACCAGCCUCCAGAGCCGACGCCCCAGGAACGUACACCUCACCUGUCUGGCACUGUGGCUCAUUUGUCUGGCCCUGUCUGUCCCCAAUGCUGUGUUCCUGUCUGUAGGGGAGAGUCCCAUAGACCCGACUCAGCUCUCAUGCUUCUUCCACAGUCACGGUCUCCAUGCAAACAACUGGGAUCUGACGGAGAGGCUCCUGACCCACGUGCUGUGUUUCUUCCUGCCUCUCGGGGUCAUGACCUACUGCUACGCCGCUGUGGCGGUCACCCUGCACCAUAGCCAGAGAGGUCAGCGCAGCCUGGAGAAAGAGGGAGCCAUCAGGCUGGCUGCACUAGUCACUGCUGUGUUCUGCCUGUGCUGGCUACCCUACAACAUCACCAUGCUGGUGAGGACCCUGGUGGAUCGAGGGUUGGACUCUGGUUUGAGCUGCCAGUCCCGGACUAGUUUGGAUAAGGCCUUGGUGGUGACAGAGAGCCUGGGGUACACGCACUGCUGCCUCAACCCACUGCUGUACGCCUUCACUGGGGUACGGUUUCGGCAGGAUCUCCUGAGACUGCUGGCCCACUGAGGCUUUGGCAAAGGGGGUGUACUCAGAGGGGAGUAGGGCGUCAGCGUCAUUCUCUAAAGGACUCACCGCCACAACCGCUAAAAUCCUCAUGUUGACCAACAUAUUUUACUGUAACACACUCAGGUGAAAGGUGUCUUAGACGUAGUUUCUUUAAAGGGAUACUGAUGGUUAAAUCUGAUCUUUGAAUUAAUUAUGAGUAAAAUUAUUAGAUUUUCAGCUUACAAAUUGAUUUCACUGUUACAACUAAGAGCUGGGGGGGUUUACUGUUAGAGCUUGUGAAUCAUUAAUCAACCUACUGUAUGUCUAACCUCUCUUUAUGGGGUUGUGACAACCCACAAGCACCUGCUUGUGCAAGCCUUGUGUAUAUACGGAAUCUUCCACGAUUGCAUGCAAUAACCCAAUGUGCGACAAACGCUUGUGCUUAUAAAUAUCUAUUUGUGACCCAGAUAGCGUAUAAACGUCUAUUUGUGUCCCAGAUAGCGUUUAAACGUCUAUUUGUGUCCCAGAUAGCGUAUAAACGUCUAUUUGUGUCCCAGAUAGCGUAUAAACGUCUAUUUGUGUCCCAGAUAGCGUUUAAACCUCUAUUUGUGUCCCAGAUAGCGUAUAAACGUCUAUUUGUGUCCCAGAUAGCGUAUAAACGUCUA